UUCCGGUCCGACCCGCGGGGCCCACGAACCAGAGAGGCGCCAUGGGCCGGAUAACAGAAGAUCUUAUUAGACGGAAUGCUGAACACAAUGACUGUGUGAUUUUUUCCCUGGAGGAACUCUCUUUGCAUCAGCAAGAAAUAGAAAGGCUAGAACAUAUUGACAAAUGGUGCCGGGAUUUAAAAAUUCUCUAUCUUCAAAAUAAUCUUAUUGGAAAAAUUGAAAAUGUUAGCAAACUCAAGAAACUUGAAUAUUUGAAUUUAGCUUUAAACAACAUUGAAAAAAUAGAAAAUUUGGAAGGGUGUGAAGGGUUGGCAAAACUUGAUUUGACUGUAAAUUUCAUUGGAGAGCUGAGCAGCAUUAAAACUCUGAAGCACAACAUCCAUCUGAAGGAGCUUUUUCUCAUGGGGAACCCCUGCACUGACUUUGAUGGCUACAGGCAGUUCGUGGUGGCAACUCUUCAACAGUUGAAGUGGUUGGAUGGUAAAGAGAUAGAGCGUUCAGAACGGAUUCAGGCACUGCAGAACUAUCCAGUAAUCGAAAAACAAGUCAGGAAGCAGGAAAAGGCUUACUGCCUCAAGCGAGCCAAGGACAAAGAAGAGGCUCAAAGGAAACUUCAAGAAACACGUGAAAAUGAAGACAAGAAGAAGAGAAGAAACCCAGGCUUUGAUGGACGUUGGUACACAGACAUUGACACUACUCUUCCAUCUUUGGAGAGCAAAGACCACCAACAGGUACCAGAAAUCCAAGAGGAAGAACACAACAAAGAGAGAUUAGAUGAAAGUGAAGACGACCUGGAAUUCUGGAAUAAGCCCUCUUUGUUUACUCCUGAAUCUAGAUUGGAAACUCUUCGACAUAUGGAAAAGCAACGGGAAAAACAAGAAAAAUUCAGUGAAAAAAAGAAGAAAGUGAAACCACCCAGGACUUUGAUCAGUGCAGAUGGGAGAGCCCUGAAUGUGAAUGAGCCCAAAAUUGACUUCUCUCUGAAAGAUGAUGAAAAACGUAACCAGAUCAUCCUGGACCUUGCUGUCUAUAGAUACAUGGAUACCUCAUUGAUCGAUGUUGAUGUACAGCCAACUUACGUGCGAGUAAUGGUCAAAGGAAAGCCAUUUCAGCUUGUCCUUCCCGCAGAAGUCAAACCUGAUAGCAGCUCUGCUAAAAGAUCUCAGACAACGGGGCAUUUGGUCAUCUGCAUGCCCAAGGUAGAAGAAGUAAUCACAGGUGGUCGACGAACAUUCAAGUCUAUGAAAACUACCUCAGAUAGCAGCAGAGAACAAACCAACGCAAGAAGCAAGCACAUGGAGAAACUGGAAGUAGAUCCUGGCAAGCAUUCAUUCCCUGAUGUGACCACCAUAGUUCAAGAGAAAAAACACACAAGACUGAGAUCUGAACUCAAAGUGAUACCAAGUGAGGAAGACCCAGACUUUGAAGAUAACCCUGAGGUGCCACCAUUGAUUUGAAACACCCGACUGCGUUGACAUCGACUGUGACUCACCAGGCCCAGUUUUGUGCGUUAUUUAUGCGGUAAACACAGAGUUAUUUGUC